CUCACGCGCGGGCUGGACGCGCGCAAGGCGCGGCUUCGCCAUCGCUGGAAUCUCGAGGAGGCGGUGCUGCGCCGGAAGCUGGAGGUCCAGCAUGGGGAGGGGGUGUUGUUUGGACCGUUGCCGCCGUUGCUUUUCAAUGAUGGCUCGCUUGGUGGCGGUGGUGGUAGUAGUGGGGAGAUGAGUCGUGAUUCGGCGAUUUGCGUAACUGAUGAGGAGAUGGGGUGAUCAUUUUCUUCUCUUUUCCUUUCCUCUUUUUUCUUUUUGCCUGCAUGUGUGAUUCCCCGUUCGUUUUGAUAUGGGAAUGUCUCCCUGUCCCAUUUUCAUGAUACCCUUCUUCCUUAUACCUUUUUCAUCCCUGCUAUCUUGUCUUUUGUUUCGCAUUUCUGGUUUUGUUCAUCCCUGGAUAUAUUCCCUGUUUGUCCAGUUCUUAAGCGGCAUGGUUGAGUGUGGCAUAUGCAUGAUUGACUGAUUAUUGAUUGACUGAUUGAUGAACAUUAGUUUGCGUCUAGGAUAUAGCAUAGUAUAG